AUGUGUGUAUUUAAUAAGAAAUCAUUACAGGAAGAAGAAAGCUCCUGGUUUGAUGUGUGCUCCUUGACUGAUAUACAUGCACGACAAGACCUACAAAUUGACGGCCUGAGAGAGUCUAUUUCGCACGUUUUAGAUUUACUGGAAAAUGAGAUCAGACUACUCGGCGGACAAUCGAACCGUGUUUACCUUGGAGGAAUCAGCCAAGGAAUGGCAACAGCUUUGUGGGCAUUGUUUUGUGCUACACGUCGGGUACACAGUCAGCUUGGGGGUUUUGUGGGUUUCUGUGGCUGGUUUCCAUUCGCCUGGCAGGUGGAAGAGUUGGAGACAGCCAACAGUUCCAGUAUGUCUGGUGAGAAAACUGAGAUCCAGCAGUGUCAGUUGUUGGGUUUUUCCACGAUACAAUCACCUAUUCCAAAACCUCACCAGCAGAUGUGGUGA